AUGAGACUGCUUCUGUUAUCCGCCAUCUUGCUGGCUGCCGUGGCCGCAGCCCAGCCAGCAACCACUGGAGAAAAGAAGCAUGAGAAACGAGGUCUACUGAGUAGCUACGGAGGUGGCUAUGGAGGCGGCUACGGGGGCGGCUACGGCCUGGGCGGUGGUCUUGGAUACGGCUCUGGCUUCGGUUCCGGCAUUGGGUUUGGCUCAGGUGCCGGCCUUGGUAUCGGCUCUGGUAUCGGAGUGGCGGUGUCAGCUCCGGCAGUGAGGACCGUGACUCAAGCAGUAGCGGUUCCAGUGGCCCAGCCCGUACCUGUGACCGUCAACAGGCCCGUGCCCGUACCUGUAGCACAGCCCGUCCCAGUGUCGGUACCCAGGCCCUACCCCGUCAGUGUCCCUCAUCCCGUACCUGUAUCUGUGCCCAGGCCGUACCCUGUGAGUGUGCCCAGGCCAGUAGCUGUACCUGUGCCUCAGGCCGUGCCUGUGGCAGUCCCUCAGCCCUACCCCGUCAGCGUGCCUCAGCCGGUCCCUGUGCAAGUGCCUCAGCCCGUGGCUGUGCCAGUGCCUCAGCCCGUCACCGUCACUAGGCCAGUGUUCAUCUCCUCCGGCCAAGGAGGCGGCUUCGGCGGCGCCGGGGGCUUUGGCUACGCUUCCGGGAUUGGAGGCGGCAUCGGCGGCGGUUUAGGAGGCGGCUACGGUUCUGGACUCAGCUUUGGCUAUGCAUCUGGCUCUGGCUACGGCUUGGGAUCAGGCUUCAGCCAUGGCUAUGGUGGCAACUACGGAGGCGGCUAUGGUGGCGGCUACGGAGGCGGCUAUGGUAGCAGCUACGGGGGCGGCUAUGGUGGCGGCUACGGAGGUGGCUAUGGAGGCGGCUACGGAGGCGACUAUGGUGGCGGCUACGGCCUGGGCGGUGGUCUUGGAUACGGCUCUGGCUUCGGUUCCGCCAUUGGGUUUGGCUCAGGUGCCGGCCUUGGUAUCGGCUCUGGUAUCGGAGUGGCGGUGUCAGCUCCGGCAGUGAGGACCGUGACUCAAGCAGUAGCGGUUCCAGUGGCCCAGCCCGUACCUGUGACCGUCAACAGGCCCGUGCCCGUACCUGUAGCACAGCCCGUCCCAGUGUCGGUACCCAGGCCCUACCCCGUCAGUGUCCCUCAUCCCGUACCUGUAUCUGUGCCCAGGCCGUACCCUGUGAGUGUGCCCAGGCCAGUAGCUGUGCCUGUGCCUCAGGCCGUGCCUGUGCCAGUCCCUCAGCCCUACCCCGUCAGCGUGCCUCAGGCGGUCCCUGUGCAAGUGCCUCAGCCCGUGGCUGUGCCAGUGCCUCAGCCCGUCACCGUCACUAGGCCAGUGUUCAUCUCCUCUGGCCAAGGAGGCGGCUUCGGCGGCGCCGGGGGCUUUAGCUACGCUUCCGGGAUUGGAGGCGGCAUCGGCGGCUACGGAGGCGGCAUCGGCGGAGGUUUAGGAGGCGGCUACGGUUCUGGACACAGUUUUGGCUAUGCAUCUGGCUCUGGCUACGGCCUGGGAUUAGGCUUCAGCCAUGGGUAUGGUUAUGGCCACGGAUCAGGAUACAGCAAGCAUUGA